UAAAGGAAGUUGAGGAAUAUCUGCGGCAGGAAAGGGUAUAACAGCCACGAUGAGGAGGAAGAGCGGCGGUGUUGGAAAAAAGAACCAACCGGAUGCCAUAGAUGAAGUUGAAGAGCUGCUGAAAUUGACGGAAGAUGACCUUCUCCUCAAUCUCACCGUCAAUUCUCACAUCAAAUCCAAAUCCAAAUCCCAAUCCAACUCCAAGUUCGAUCUCUUACCCGAAUCCUCCCACACCAACGCAAUAGACCCAGAUCUCGAUCGUCGACUUCAAGCUCUUAGAGCCAAACCCUCCAAAUCCAUCCCUAAAGAGGCAAUCACUGCCGAUCAUGAAGAUUUCGAUAAUCUGCUUGCACGAUUCGCUGCUCUUAAAGCUCCUUCUAAAGCAACAUCUACGUCUAAUUCUACUCAGGGGAAUGCUGUGAAAGAUGACAUUUUGGGCAUAGUUGAUGACGAAGACGAAGAAGAUGAAGUUUCGAAGAUAAUCAAUUGGGCAAUUGACGCAGCUCGACUCGACCCUUCUCCUUCCUCUGACAUCGACGAGGAUGAUGACAGCGAUGGCGAUUCCGAUGAUGAUGCUAAAAAGAAAACAUCAAAAAAAAUAGUUCCCCACAAAUAGAACAUUUAUAAUUGUUAUAUUUACUACUCCAAGAUAAUAAAACUUGUCAUGCUUGCAGAAA